CUCUCGGUCCAGCCUGAGGGCGCUCCUCGACCGCCCUCGGACCGUCGGGAAAAGCUCUUUGAAAGGUACGCACCGCACGCGGGCGGGCUGGAUCCACCAACGCGCAUACGCGCGCCGCCGGACUAUGUCGGGCGCAGGCCGAUCGAGGCCCGCCCGACCCCUUCCUUUGCCAAUCACGUCCGUCGGGCGCGCCCAGUGCGCAUGCGUGACAUUAGGCUCCACAUCGAUGUCGCGGGCAGCGCAGAGAGUAUAUAAGCCAUGUCGCAGAGCAGACCACCCUAUCCGCAUCACUUGCAACCGCCACAGCAGCUUCCUCUAGAGUCUUCCCACUCUACAGCUCUCCUAAUCGUUCGACAUGUCUGAGCAGACCGUCGCCAACACCCGGGCCCAGAUGGACCGCCUUCAGCUCGAGGUCAGCGAGCUCAAGGGCCAGAAGGGCGUCGAGGACAUCACCGUCGGCGACUACCUGCUCGCGCGUCUCGACCAGCUCCAGGUGACGAACAUGUUCGGUCUUCCUGGAGACUUCAACCUCGGCUUCCUCGAUCUUGUCGAGGACCACCCCAACAUCCACUGGGUUGGUAACUGCAACGAGCUUAACGCUUCGUACGCCGCCGACGGCUACGCUCGCGUCAAGCCCGGCUCCAUGGGUGUCCUGCUCACGACCUUCGGUGUCGGUGAGCUCUCCGCCGUCAACGGCAUUGCCGGCUCCUAUGCCGAGAUGGUCCCCAUCCUCCACAUCGUCGGUGCCCCGUCCACGUCGCAGCAGCUCUCGAAGCCCCUCCUCCACCACACGCUCGGUGAUGCGCGCUACGAGGCCUACGCCCGUGCCUACGAGCAGUUCACCUGCUGCCAGAAGUACCUCAUGAACAAGGAGACCGCCGCCGCCGAGAUCGACCACCUCCUCACCGAGAUCCUCGUCAAGGCCCGCCCCGGCUACAUGACCCUCCCCACCAACCUCGUCUUCGAAAAGAUCUCCUCCGAGCGCCUCCGCACUCCCCUCUCUGGCCUGCCGCCCCCGAACGACCCGGAGGUUGAGGCCCACGUCAUCGAGGAGAUCGUCGCCAAGGUGAAGGCCGCCAACGGCGGUGUCGCCGUUCUCGUCGAUGCCUGCGCUGUCCGCCACGACGUCGUUGCCGAGCUCAAGGAGCUCAUCGAGAAGACCCACCUUCCGGUUUACUCGACGCCCAUGGGCAAGACCGUGAUCCCCGAGAACUACGACCGCUACGGUGGUAUCUACAUCGGCUCGAUCUCGCGCCCUGAGAUCCGCGAGAAGCUCGAGGCCGCGAGCCUCGUCCUCUCCAUCGGUGGCCUCCGCUCCGACUACAACUCCGGCAACUUCACCUACAACUUCCCCGUCUCCCACACCAUCGAGCUCCACUCCGACCACACCAAGAUCGCCUACGCGCAGUACCCGGCCAUCGGCAUGAAGCAGCUCAUCCCCAAGCUGACUGCCAAGCUCGAGGCUUUCGCGGCGGCACAGCAGGCGAUCGCUGUCCCCAAGUUCAACGCCGUCUUCCCCAAGGAGGACACGGAGAUCAUCUCCCAGGCCUGGUUCUGGCCGACAAUGAGCGAGUUCUUCAAGCCGCACGAUGUCAUCAUCGCCGAGACUGGUACUGCCAGCUUCGGUAUCACCAACGUCCCCUUCCCGCCAGAGUCCGUCUUCAUCGCCCAGAUCUUCUGGGGCUCCAUCGGCUACUCCGUCGGCUCUACGCUCGGCGCUGCCCUCGCCGCGCGCGACCGCAAGCUCGGCCGUACUAUCCUCUUCGUCGGUGACGGUUCUCUGCAACUCACCGUCCAGGAGCUCUCGACCAUGCUCCGCAUGGAGUUGAAGCCGAUCGUCUUCGUCCUUAACAACAACGGCUACACCAUCGAGCGCUGGCUGCACGGCAAGGAGCGCAAGUACAACGACAUCUUCCCCUGGGCAUGGGCCGACCUCCUCAAGGUCCUCGGUGACAAGGAGGAGAAGCGCUCGACAUCGUACACCGUCAACAACAAGAAGGAGCUCUCCGCCCUUCUCGCCGACGAGACCUUCUUGCGCGCAGACAAGAUGCAGCUCGUCGAGGUGAUGAUGGACCAGUUCGACGCCCCGAUCACGCUCGUCAACCAGGCUGAGCUCUCGGGCAAGACGAACGCGUACGUGCCAAAGUAAAAGGUCUCCUGUUGUUGUAUGAUUUAGAUGGGUAUUUGUGCAUGGUAAUCGGGACGAUAGACAUAGAAAUGUACCACCACGAGUAAUUUAUGUACAGUUAGAACGGCCACAACUUCAUUCUUCCUCUC